CUUACACCUGCAUAUUUCGUCGUUAUACUGAUAGCUAUAUUGAAUUUUACCUGGCACGAUCAUGUCUCAGCACUUCUCCCCUUUGAGCAUCCAAGUGUUAAGUGUCCCAAAUAUUGGUGGACUAAUAUACUUUACAUAAACAACUUCUACCAUUGGAAUAACAUAUGUCUCAUUUGGAGUUGGUACCUACCCAACGAUAUGCAGUUCUUCGUAUUUGGUACUUUUCUCCUAAUAUUAUCGAUCACGCAUUACAAUAUUGCCAUUGGCUUAGGCGCUUUUAGCUUAGUUUCAUCGAUAUUAUCAGUCGCUUACAAGGGAUACACCUAUAAUUACCAGCCUUCGAUUGACGAAUUAUAUAACACGGGGACAUAUCUUUAUAUACGACCGUGGUGUAGAAUACCGCCUUAUCUCAUAGGAAUGGCUACAUGUCAACUUCUUACAAAAUGCAAUUUCAAAUUAAAUUUAUCAAAAAAAACCUUAAUCAUUGGAUGGAUCUUGGCAUCUUUGUGUAAUGGUACGAUUCUCUUCGGACUUGAUAACAAGAACAUACCCUUAAGUCUAUCCAUUCUUUAUUUGGCCCUCAGUAGAACAGGCUGGGCCUUAGGUAUCGCCUGGGUGGUAAUUGUAUGCACCACGAACCAUGCCGGUAUCGUGAAGAAAAUCUUAUCGCUAGAUGUUUUUCUUGUUUUGAGUAAGUUAACGUAUGGUGCUUAUCUUCUGAAUCCUAUCUUAAUACUUUCGGCUUUUUCUUCGAGUUAUUAUCCUUUCUACGUUGAUAACGUUACCAUUGGUACCAUGUUUGUUGCAAUGGCUGUUUGUAGUUUUAGUGCCUCUAUUCUCUUAUGUGCAACAACCGAAAUGCCGUUUACGUCACUAUUGCGAUUGUAUAAUAGUGCACGAAGAAAAGCGACAUAAUUCUUCCUGAAUUCUUGGCGUUCGUUGCAGAUGUAUUUAUGAUGUUAUGAUUAUAACAAACGUAUAACAAUCUACGGGAAAUAUACCUGUCCCAUGUACCUGUUAAAUAAAGAUAUGUUAAAUAUACAAGCGAAACGAAAAUCGUGAUUAGAAAGUGUGCGUUAAGCUCAAACGCAUUGAUAACAUGUCGACUUAUUCGACACACGCAGUCGAUGAACUACAAAAAUACCGGGUAUCUAUUCGCGUCGCUGUAAUGUUCGUCAGUAUGAUCGUUCCUUUAAAAUGCGUUUUUAGAGUUACACAUCACUUUCGUUGCCAUGCAUGAAAUUUAUGGGUACAACUAAGUUAUACCCUCUUUACAUAAGCACUUACAUAAGCACUGAAAAAACCUUUGACGAUUUUGUAAUAUGGAUGUAAUAUUAGCAUGGCAAGAAAUGUUAGUUGUAAGAAGUUAUGAAUAUUAAAGAAAUGUUAGAAAUAAGGCAUAA